AUGUCUGACGAGGAUCUUCGGAACGCCAUCCUGCAGCUAACGAAUCUCAUCACGAGGCAGCAGCAGCAGAUUGAAAACCUGGAAAAUCGGGGAAAUCCGACUGCUGGCAGUGAGAAGAUUAUUGAGUCCUUGGCAAGCGGGAUCCAGGAUUUCCAGUACGAUCCGGACGGAGGAGUUUUCUUCGAUGGCUGGUAUGCGAGGUACGAGGAUGUCUUUACAAAGGACGGCCAAUCCCUGGAUGACGCCGCUCGUGUGAGAUUGCUUCUUCGCAAGUUAAGCACGCCUCUGCACGAGAAGUACGUCAACACCAUUCUUCCCAAGCAUCCCCGGGACUUCACCCUGGACGAAACCGUCACGAAACUGAAGAAACUGUUCGGUCGACAGAAGUCGGUUUUUCAUUCCCACGUUACCAGUGCCUCCAGUAUGCAAAAAGUGACGCGGAUGACUUCACAUCCUCUCCGUUUCGUCUGUGGACUCCAAUCGCCACGGGAUGCGGACAUACGAGCUAGGUUGAUCUCGAAAUUGGAAGCCGACGAAACCGCAGUCAACGAAUUGGGAGAAGCCACCAACGAGGUAACCCUGGAGAACCUCGUGGAAGAAUGCCAUCGCGUGGCCAAUCUCAAGCAGGACACAUUGAUGGUGGAGAACAAAGAAGCACGCAACGUCAACAUUGUUUCUCGCAACCAGAAUAAUCCUGCCUCAAAAAAGAACCAAAAAGUGCCGAAAACGCCAUGUUGGAAGUGUGGCGACCAGCACUAUGUUCGUGAGUGUCCGUUCGCUUCGCACACCUGUUCCAGAUGCAAGCAACAAGGACACAAGGAAGGUUAUUGCAACAGCAACAAGAAUGCGCCGUCGAAACCGUUCAAACAGGCCAAAUCCAAAGAGAACGUGAAGACAAAAAGCAUCUACACGGUUCGCAACAUCGGAAGCAAGCGGAAGUUCAUCCCGGUCGAGCUCAAUGGUGUAGCAGUCAAACUUCAACACGACUCGGCGUCCGACAUCACCAUAAUCUCAGAAGAAACAUGGAUCAGCAUCGGACAGCCACCCACUCAACCGACGGAAGAAUCUGCAGUUACAGCUUCUGGAGGCAAUCUCAACCUUCUCGCUGAGUUCCAGACCGAGAUCACCAUCAAGAAUGUUACCAAGACUGGUCGCAUUUUCAUCUCAAGCAGCGCUGAACUCAACGUUCUAGGAAUCGAGACUAUGGAUCUGUUCGAUUUGUGGUCUGUGCCGAUAAGCAGCUUGGUCAACGUCGUACACCAACGUUCUGAUCAGUUCACCAAUCAACUCAAGCAACAGUUUCCGGAAGUUUUUCGAAGCACCUUGGGUAGAUGCACAAAAGCGCAAGUGAAGUUGUACCUCAAGCCUGACGCACGUCCUGCAUAUUGCCCGAAACGGCCAGUAGCGUACGCUGCACUCGCCAAGGUGGACGCAGAACUUUAG